AUGGCAGCCAAUUACUGGGCGUCGACACAGCGUCGACACUGGCUGUUCUCCCGGGAGGCGCUGACCGAUGUUCGGGAGCGACUUCGGGAGAAAGAUAAGGUCACCCAUUCGCAGUUCCCGCUGCCAGAUCAGCGGCUGCUGAACAUCUACUUCAAUCAACAACUCAUCAAAUUGGGCAAGCGUAUGACCACCCGCCAGCAGGCCAUUGCCACGGCGCAAGUAUACCUGAAGCGCUUCUAUACAAAGAACGAGAUCCGCCAGACCAAUCCUUAUCUGGUCCUUACCACGGCCUUCUAUCUGGCUUGCAAGAUGGAAGAAUGCCCCCAACACAUCCGCUUUGUGGUGGGUGAGGCACGCGGCCUAUGGCCCGAUUUCAUCACGCCAGACGUUGCCAAACUAGGAGAAUGUGAAUUCGCUCUGAUCUCUGAGAUGCACUCACAGCUCAUCGUGCACCACCCCUAUCGUACCCUCUCCGAGCUCCAAACCGAGUUAGCCUUAACCUCGGACGAAGUUGCUUUAGCCUGGUCAGUAAUCAAUGACCACUACCUAACUGACCUCCCGCUCCUGCACCCGCCGCAUGUAAUUGCUAUCAUGGCCAUUAUUGUCGCGGUGGUGUUCAAGCCUUCCCCUCCGGGAGCAUAUCUCGGUUCGGCGCAGACCGCGUUAGCGAGUACCAUGAGAGAGGGGCAAGGCAUGAACAUGCUCGCUGCUCUGACGGAUAAGCCGGGCUCCGGUCCACCAAAGAUUCAGAAGCUGGUCGCUUGGUUGGCCGAGAGUGAAGUUGAUAUCAAAGCGGUUAUUGAAUGUACACAGGAGCUGCUUUCCCUGUAUGAGGUUUGGGAGCAGUACAGUGAAAAGCACUGCAAGGAGUUGAUCGGACGCAUGGUGAAGAGCAAGAACUUGGAUAAGUGA